GUUGGAACCUUAACCGUUUCUGAGAAACUAACGUAAAUUGGUGGAAGAGUGCUGUUUUUAUUAAUAUCGUUACACUUUAUCAGCUCUGUUUUAUGCUGUGAAACCUUACUACGUAUGUGGAAUAACCGUUUUAUAAAAGCAAUAAUCCCCGAGAAGCCUUCUUGGGGCUUACUGCUUUAAUAAACACUAAAAGAGAGUCAGAAAGGCGUCUCGAUGGACCUGCAUUCUGUUCUGUUCGACUUAAAUGUUGAUAUUAUCUGAACGAGUCAGUCGUUUAUAGUUAUUUGAUGUAGAAGAGUUUCUGUGAGGUGUCACUGAAGUAAGGGCAGGCUUUGCGAUCUCGUGACGACAGCAGGCGUGUGUAUAAACUCUUAGAUUCUUCAGUUCAUCUGCAGAAGUCCGUGAAUAUGGCGCUUGUGUGGAGGAAUAUACGCAUACUCGUGUUUGCGCACUUCGUAGUGUCUUGUUUGUCUGCUCGAUGUGGCAAACCAACAGAGUAUCCCGACAAGCAGCUGCACAAAAGAUAUCUUAAUAAAUUAAUGUUCAAUCAUGGAGAACAAGUGAGGUAUACAUGUCUCCCGGGUUACACACCAUCCGAAGGAAGUCUAACAUCACGGUGUCAGGAAGGACACUGGACAGCCUUGGACCUGAAAUGCCAAAAGAAAAAGUGCAAUGCGCUGGGUGACAUAGAGAACGGGCAGUACAUUCAACAAGGACGAUCAUUUGGUGAUAAAGCCAUUGCUAUGUGUAAUAAAGGAUAUGUUUUGAGAGGGGAAGGGGUUCGUAUGUGUAUGCAAAACGGUUGGAAUGGGACGGACCCCAUCUGUGAGGUGUCGAAGAUCAUGUGUUUAGCACCUGCUGUGGCAAACGGAUGGAUAAAACCUGGAGAAAUGACACAGUACACACCCCAAGACACUGUAACCAUCGUCUGCAGAGAAGGGUUUGUACUGACUGGCUCAUCACAGGUCACAUGUGGACCAGACGGCCAAUGGCAGGGCUUGCCUGAGUGCCGCUUGAAAGGUCAGUUUCCAAAGGGUUUGCGCUCAAGACUUGCUACUCCCAAAAAGACAUGUCCCACUCCUGAUUUGGGAAAAAAUGGUACAGUGAAAGAGCAGAAGUCUGAUUACUUGCCGGGACAGUUCAUAUCUGUCACCUGCAAUGAAGGAUUCGUCGGAUCUGGAGUUUUCACGUGUCGCGCACGCUCAAAAUGGCACCCAAAGGAGCCAAUGUGUCAGUUGAUCACCUGUCCAGCACCUGCUGUGGCAAAUGGAAGGAUAAAACCUGGAUCUAGGGUGUACAAAACCAGUGACACUGUGGAUGUGAUUUGUAAUGAGGGAUUUGAUCUGAAUGGCUCACCAGUGGUCACAUGUGGACCAGACGGCCAAUGGCAGGCCUUGCCUAAGUGUCGCCCUAAAAGGAUUUCAGCUGGUAAAUGUGGUCCAGCUCCAUCAAUCCCUCAUGCUUUCCCCAGAGACAGAUCCUUCACACUGAAAGAGUAUCCAUCCGGUGCUCGCAUUCACUACAAAUGCAGUAUAGGAUACGUGCGGGCCAGAGGAAGUGCCAGUAUACACUGUCUUAAAGGCCGGUGGACAAAAUGGUCUCUCCGAUGUGAAAGGAAGAAAUGCGGAUCUGCUGGAGAGAUCUUCUAUGGCCAGUACGAGUACACAGGCGUGUUAUUUGGAGAUUCAGCUACAGCCAUCUGUCAUGAAGGGUAUGAGCUAACUGGCUCAAAAGUGCGGACCUGCCGGGAUGGAGGCUGGGAUGGAAGGAGCCCUGUGUGUGAACCUGUGCACUGUCCUCCACCUCAAGAGGUCAAUGGCGCUGAGAUGCUUGACCCCAUAUAUGACCAUGUUCCCUUCGGUCACGUGGUGUCCUAUCACUGCCGUAGUGGAGCUCUGAUUGGUGCAAGAGAGAUUUACUGCACCAAGAACGGCACCUGGAGCGCUCCUCCUCCUGAGUGCAAAGACAUUGUCUGUCCUAACCCCCAUGUGCCACGGGGAUCAAGAAUGAGGGGUUUUAGGGCGGUCUAUAAAUAUGGGAACACAGUGACAAUCGCCUGUAAUCCUGGUUCAGUGCUUUCAGGAGAGAGUCUUGUCACCUGUGGCAUAGACGGGAAAUGGAAACCAGAACUUCCAAAAUGUGUGUAGAACUCUGUACAUGAAGCAAUGAAACAAACAAAUAUUCAGCUGAAAGACACAAUAUAGCUAGGUGUCUCAAAGUCAUAAUGAAACAUUUCUUCUCACUGUAUUUCAUUAAAAUGAGCAGAACGCUGUUUAGUAUCUACUCAGACUAUUUGCUGUCGCAAAAGAAGCACUCUGAUUUUUUUUUUUUUUAAUUAAUAUUUUAUAUUUAUAUAUUUUCUGUUAAACUACAGCAGUAUAAUAUUUUUAUAGCUUGUUUUCAUGUUAAAAAUAAUUAAAUAAAUAAAAUGAAAUAAAAUAAAAAUGAGAUUGAGACCAGAAAAUUAUUUAAUUUAAUCAGCAUCUUUACUGUAUGGAUAUUCCAUCUGUGAUCAAGUAUGUUACUGUGCUUUACCCACAAACAGUGGCUUUAUCUUAAACUCAAUAAAAAUGGAAGCUGUU